AUGGAAAAGAUUCCAUAUGCUUCGACAGUUGGAAGUCUAAUGUAUGCUCAAGUUUGUACGCGUCCAGAUAUUGUGUACAUAGUUGGCGUAUUAAGAAGAUAUUUGAGCAACCCAGGUUUGGAUCACUGGGAGGCAGCUAAAAGGGUUAUGAGAUAUCUAAAGAGAACUAGAAGUUACAUGCUCACAUAUCGGAGGUCGGAUAAUCUUGAGAUCAUUGGGUAUUCUGACUCUGAUUUUGCAGGAUGCCAAGAUAGUUUAAGAUCCACUUCGGGCUAUGUAUUCUUGUUGGCUGGUGGAGCGAUCUCUUGGAAGAGUUCCAAACAAGGACUUACAGCUUCCUCCACCAUGGCAGCAGAGUUUGUAGCAUGUUAUGAGGCAUCAAGCAAUAUGGCUAAAGAAUUUUGUCACUAA